AUGGCGGGUCUUUUGUCACAUCCUGUUAUGUGUUGGGCGAGUGCAUGGCCUCGACGUUGAUCCCGUUCUAAGAUUUUUCUUGUACAGAGCCGCCGCUGUAUAUACAUAUUAUUUGCGGCGUUAAAUUUCGUGAUGGUGUUCUCAAAUAGGCCAUGGAUUUGAUGAAAACGGAAUAUGAGUUCCUAGACUUAUCUGAUGUGAAGGACGCAGACCUCAGCAGUCUGCAGUGCGCGCUGUUCGAGCAAAUACCUGACUCUACAGCGGCCGAACUGAGCGUCGGUCGCUACCAAACAGCUAUAGAUACAUCAUCGCGUUCGUCGAGCACGGCGGGUCCACCGAAGGUGUCAGGCAGCGUGGACAGCCUGUCGGGCGGCGAGGGCGAGAUGGCCCACUCGCCGGCGCGCGGCGCGGCCGGCCCGCCGCCGCACCCGCCGCCCUACGCACAGCCGCCGCCCGCCUACCCGCCGCCGCACCACCAGUGGCCCGUGGCGCCGCCCAACGUCUACGUCAGCCAGGUCACCGCCAACGUCAACGUGCACGGCUACAUGGGCCAGUACUACCAGCCGCCUGCGCCGCAGUACGCGCCGCCGCCGCAGGAGCGAGCGCCACGCACUCACCGCCGUGACCGACGCACCAAACGACAGCCGUCGCCGCCGCCCCACGCACCGCAGCCAUACUAUGUGCAGUACCCGCAGUACUACCCUGCGGCGCAAGCGCAGGGCGCGCCACUCUACCAUCUGCCCGUCUAUCAACCUCUCGUCUACGGGCCCUAUGCUUACCCGUCAUACUACCCAGACUAUCCAUUGCCGGUUGAGGGCGACGCAGACAAAGGACCCGAAGAGUAUCCGCCAGAAGUGGUUAUGGAACAGGAGGCGGUGGACGCUUACUACGCCAGUGCACAUUAUGCGGGCCAGCCCUACGGUCCACCGGUAGACGGCGCUGUUGAGUACGUGCCGCCAAUGUACCUGCCGCCGCCGCACCACCCGCCUCCAGUACAGCAGGCACCGCAUCAUCAUCCCGCACCGCAUCAGUUCAACGUGCACGCUAAGAACUUCGUAGCGGGACAAGGGCGUACCUACAUGCAACCUGAAAAGAUCCAAGAACGCCGCACUCCACCCACCACAACGGCGGCUACCGUUUCCGCUACAACUGUUGACGCUUUACCAAUAAAGGAACUUAAGAUCACAAACAAGGGACCUGGAAGUCCUAAACAGACUGACCGCUCUGACAGUAGCGGUCCCUUGCCAAAACAGAUAACAUUGGCCACCGAGAAAGUGCCUCCUAAGACUGAACCAAAACCGACAGGAACCCCGCCGGAAAAGACUGAAUCUGUGAGCGCCAGCCAGGCGCAGAUCGCGGCCAGGACGUUCCCACCAUUGGCAACUGGUGCCACUUCAACAUCCGCCAGCAAAGUGCCACCUAACGCCAGCAAGCCUACUAAGGGACCGGCAGCGCCUUUCUCUGGCGGCAAACCACCGGCCAAAUCAACUGCCCCUCAAACCAUCAUACCUGUACAACAAAAUGCAACCACACCAAAAGCACCUUUCGGCAACAGACAAAAACGGGACGGUCCCGCAAACCGGUCACCGUCAAAUGAAAUUUCUGAGGGUGGUGAUAGAUCUAAUGCAGGUAUAGAGCACAUUAAACGCGAGCCCCCGUUGCCGCCGAGCAAGGCGCCCAUGCCAAUAUCCAUAAACCUGCACUCGCCGGGACAGCCGUUGAUUGUGUCGGGUAAGGCACCAUUCGGUCACUCGCGCAAGACCGGUCCCAGCAUACCCGAGCCGCCACCGGCGCCGCAGCCACCGCCGCCUGCGCCCACUGCUUCCGACUUCCCGCCACCGCCCACUCCGCGGAAUCGCACAGAACCGCCACCAGUUACGGUGCCACCGCAACCACAACCGGCUCCGGGCAAGUCCUGGGCUAGCUUGUUCUCGACAAAGCCAGCGGCCCCCGCACCUGCGCCUGUGGCACCGCCUGUUGCCACAAUUGAAGAACCCGUUAGCCCCACUUCAAUCUCUCCACCCACUGCGCCUAAUGUGCAAAAACCCGUGGCAAAAGUGCCCCCUUUUGAUGCGUCUCCAUUAUCAGGAAGCACACCUGAUAAAGUGUCUCCGACAAACGCGCCAUCCACGGUUUCCUACUCUGAAAAAACUUCAGUGAACGCAGUGAGCGCCACCAGUGUUGCAUCGGCUACUCCAAAACCGACAACGCCAAGCCAGCCUGCGGCGGAGACCCGGGAGGUCCCCGUGCAGAAAGACUCACCUGCUGCGCCAGUCCAGCCUUCUCCGUUCAGUGAUGACCCUAACUCAUACAGGAUGGGAGAAUUCCUCACAAAAUAUCAAUUGGACAACAAGCCUGUUCAGAUUGUCCCGCGCGGACUUACCAACCGUUCUAACUACUGCUACGUGAAUGCCAUCUUGCAGGCUUUGAUUGCUUGCCCGCCAUUUUACAACUUACUGAAAUCGAUGCCGUAUCAGACACGUCGCGGCAAGUCUAGCACUCCUGUUAUUGAUUCCAUGGUGGAGUUGUGCUACGAGUUCAGCCCGGCGGCGGGCGCGGUGGCGGGCGGCACGCGCGGGGCGCGCGGCGCGGCGGCGGGCGCGUGCGUGGGUGUGCCGGGCGGGCCGCCGCUGGACGGCGCGGCGGGGCUGCGCGUGCUCAGGGCGCUGCGCCCCUUCCCCGGCUCGCAGGAGGGACGGCAGGAGGACGCAGAGGAGUUCCUCGGGUGUCUGCUCAACUCGCUCAAUGAUGAAAUGAUUGAGCUAAUGAAACUGGUUGAACCUGAAGAACCCAAGGAAGCUAAUGGUCAACCGAACGGCGUGGUCGCGCAAGAACAGCCACCAGAGGAAGAAGAUGACGACGAUGAGUGGAAGGUGAUGGGUCCGCGCAACCGCGGCGCGGUGGAGCGUCGCUGGGCGGCGCGCUGCACGCCCGUGGCGGACAUCUUCCGCGGCCAGACGCGCGUGCGCCUGCACCGCGCCUCGCACCACGACGCCACCGACGCCGUGCAGCCCUUCUUCACGCUGCAGCUCGACAUCGAGCGUGCCAACAGCGUGAAGGAUGCGCUUGAGUUGCUCGCCGGCAAAGACACGCUGGAGGGCGUGAGUGAUGCGUGGCAGCAACUGUCGCUGGAACAGUUGCCGGUCGCUCUGCUGCUGCACCUCAAAUGCUUCCAGCUGGACCAAGACGGACACACGGCCAAGAUCGUCAAGAACAUCGAGUUCCCCAUUGAUUUGAAGAUUGAUCCUAAGAUAAUGUCGUCUAAGUUGAAGUACACCACGAAACAGCGGGCGUACAAGUUGUUCGCGGUGGUGUACCACGAGGGGGUUGAGGCAGUGAAGGGGCAUUAUCUCACAGACACCUACCAUGGGCAGGCUGGAUGGAUAAGGUACGACGAUUCGACGGUAACGCAAGUGGGCGAGGCGAUGGUGACCAAGCCGAAGCCGCCUCGCAUGCCGUACCUGCUGAUGUACAGACGGCACGACACGUUACCGCCGCAGAGGGCCGGCAAGGACUGAGCGUGCGGCUUGCAAUACGUCACACACUUCGACUUCUAUCCUUUCUGGUAAAAACAUCCCUCGCGUCAGUGCGGCCAACGGUUUAUGCAAUUGUGGCCAGUGUCCAUAGAUCAUACUGUGACCAUUUGUUGUCUGGUGCGUUGGGUUUAUCUAUUUAUAUAAAUGAAAGAAAAGAUAUCUCUGGAUGUUCGUCACUUGGUCACAUUUUGUAUAAACGAUGAGCGUUCAAGAAGCAAGUGUGCCAACUUGUCACUUGUAUUCAGUUUUCAACUUGAUUGGCUCUUGACAUACAUGUACUGUAAAUAGUAAGUCAGAAUAUGAUGCAUGUGGCCUCAUAUCGUGCACAACGUACUAUAAUGCUAAGACGUGUUUUGAGGGAAGUCAGUCUUGCAGCUGUUAACUGAUUGUAAAUAUCUUUGCAAUGUCUUCUGAUAUACUUACGAAGUAUACAUGUUUAUCACGGAGUGUGCCUUGAGGAUUCUGUAAAAUUGUUGGUGUAAAGACAGUUUUGAACGAUAAUACUGGACGGUAUUUGAUUGUGUAUAUAUACGCGUGCCUAAAAAACUUAUUGUGUUAACGAAAAGGAUUUGGUAAAAUAAGUGUAAAUUUUCUAUACUUACUGUAUAUACUGGUCAGUUGUUUGUAUGAAAACAAUGUUUCAAAAGUGCUAAAUUCUCACUUGUGUAUAGUGAUGUACCGACAACUGGCCUUUAGUUGUCAAAUGUAUGUAAAAUAUUAGAUUUAAGGCUUUUUACCGAUAUUAUUUACAUUUAGAAGGUAAAUUAGUGUUUUCGCAGAUUUAUAAAAUACAAAUCUAUUUUUGUUGCAACAAUUGUACACAGCUAAAGAUAUUGACAACAUGGAGAAACUAGGUCGAAAUUUAUUCCUUCUGUUUAAUUAUAAGUCUUGUAAAUAAUGUAAUGUAUUAAAACAAAAAGGGCUUGAAAGUUUGAAUUGCAUGUAUAUUGUUUAUGUUGAAUUUAAAUACGACGGCAGUGUGCCGACUUAUCCUCUUAAGUGUCCAUAAGUUCUUUCGACAAUAUGGAAUUGUGGUGUUAAUAAAUUUUAUUAUGAAAAAUAUAAAAAAAAUAUAAUAGGUUAUAAAUUAAAAUUCACGAUACAUAUUAUUCCUGUAUAUUGAUUAAAAAUGGAAUGAGGGAAGUACAAAGUUACAAUGUUGUGAUAUUAGCGGCGACAGGCAUACCAGCAUGCAUUUCCGAUAUAUACUAUUUGUAUUGCAUAUGGAAAAUAACAUGGUAUCAAGACUGAAAGUGCGGAGGGAGGAAUAUGUAACUUGAAUUGAAUGAAUCAUAACGUCCUAGAUGUAUUAUAGUGCGGGUUGUGUUGGUUGCGUAGGAUCGGUGCUACGUCGAGUCGGCGAGGGAGUGUGAUAGUGCCCUUCGGAAAUGUGAUACGUGUGGGACAGUGAUGCGGAUUGAUUAGUUUUACUCUGUACAGUUGUUAUAAGUGUUAUAAAUACAUUAUUUCCACGUUAGUGUGUUACGGAAGGCCUGUUUUUAAUAUUAUUUCUCUUGAAAAAAUAUCCAAAAUAUAUGAGUGAUUUUCCAGAGUGUUGUCGAUGUUCGAGAAUGUUCGAUGGUGAAUAGCGAGUGAAACUAAUUUAGUUUAGGAUUUGUUGAGAAAUUUUAUUUGUAUUGCGGCGACGGUGUCACCUGCGCCACGUAUCGUGAAGUGACCAAACUGGACUGUCAGGUGUGGGAUUUUAGAAUUACGAUUUUAUAUAAGUUUUGAUUUUAGAUUUACGAGAUCUAGACGUAUUGCACGAAACACCAUAGCGUUAUAAUCGAAUUCAUAAUUUCGUGUCUGAACUAUUAAUUUAUUAUAAUUAACUUCUAGAUGAUCCUAUGUUAGGUCGACAUUUUGUCGAUAGAUAAACCAUCGAUUGUCGACAAUGUUGUGACUUAUACAUCCGACUGUCGUAAGGUUAUCUGGCAGCCUCAGUCACAUCAUUGGAUGUCAUCUGCCCAGUGAAAUGUGUAGCAAAUGUUAAGUGUAGGAAAUCGGAUCAUAAUUUUCAUAUAUUAUAAAUUGAAAAUUAACAGUUUGAUCUCAUUCAUAUUGUUGUUGUUUGAAAAAUUAAUCAUUUAUAUUUCGGUGUGGGUGUAAAUUUUCUUGAGCUAUGAAGGCAAUAUACCAUGCCUUAUUAGAUAUUCGAAAGCUAAAGAAAUCGAUUGACCAAAAACUAUGCAUAUUGUUUAACAUUUGCUUCUAAAUUAGCUUUUGUAUUUAAGGUGUUAUAAAAAAAAAAUGUGAAAAAGAAAAAAUGCCAACACCAUUUAGAUGUUAUUUAUCAUUAAAACGCACUUUGGUUAUGUGUCCAAUCGUAAGAAAUAUUUAUAGUCUUGUAAUUAGUCAAUUUAAACUAUUAUAAUAUAAUGAAAACGAAAUAGAUUUAGUUUUGUAUUGUACGAUAUUAGUGUCUCAGAGAACAGUUUAAUACUAACUUGCUAAGCUUUUUAUAUGUAUAACUUGGUUGUUGUUUAUUCGUUUUUAUUUUGGAUCGUGGGUAUGUUAGGAUAGUGAAAGGUAUGGCAAUGAUGUAUCAAUAGUAUUAAGUCGCCAACUCAACACGCCGAAUUUAUUUAUAAACUCAAUAAGAGUACCGCAUUCACAUCGGUCCAUUAUUGGGUAGUUGACUACAAUGUUUUUCAUGUUUGGUAUGACUGAAGGCUAGCGUACGUUAGGGCGGAUCGCACCGCAACUUAUCGCAAAAUAAUUAUCGUCCUAAAACACUUUGGUACAUUUUAUAUGAACUAUAGCAUCAGAAUGCACUGGCGAAUCGCUUCCUAGGCAUUGCGAUGCGGCUCGCCUCAGUGUGCGUUACCAAAAGGAAAGUAAUCGCUAUAGGAAACGUAACUGAUUCAAUUAUUGCGAUGCGGCGCGGCCCGACGCGACUAGUAUGCGCGGGCUUUUUUAAGUGACUAAAAUCGAUACGUUAUUAGUUGUUAUGGGUAAAUAUGUGAGAUCAGUUCUCCGAUUUCUAUAUGUUGAUGUGCAUCUUAACUGCAUUUCGUCAGAAUGCCUUAUGCGACCCCUCGCCCGCAUCGGUCGCUUAUAAUGAACUUACCAUCAGGCGAACGGCGUGCUCUUGUCAUUCAAUUGCAAUAAAAAACAAGUUUCGUAAAAAUAAAUUUGCGAAAUUAACUUUUUCAAUAGGCGUGGUGCAUAGUUAAGACGCAUAGGUCCUUAUCUAUUUUGCAAGUGGAAAUGUAAUCAAUUACUCAAUCUGUUCUAUAUAUUUAGUGCAUGCAUAAGUGUGACGUCACAACGAUGCUUGCUGUUACGCUGUGCGUAAUAUUUUUAUAUGCAGUAUUACAAUUUCUUAUACUAGUUUUUAUUUCGAUGUGGAUGCAGGUUACUGAAUUGUCUCCUUACUUGCAUCGAAAUUUCAGCUCAUGCUUAUCUCAAGAUCAGUAAUGUGCGUUUUCGAAUAACACUGUUUCAGAAAAUAAUACGCUUAUAUUUUCCUAAAAUAUUAAACAUAUAACACAGGGGGAGUCGAAAUUGAACAGGAAACCUGAAUUAAAUAACUGAUUUAAUUUGUAAAAUUUUUAUUCGUAUGCAACGCACACCUUUUGUAAAUAAUUAUCAUCGCAAAUAUUAUUUUUUGUCACGAACAAUAUGUGUAGUGUAGCAUGAAUGUGGAUCAUGCAGAUGAAUAAACACAGACGAGUAGUACAAAAUAUAUGUAGGUUCCUUUAACGGUAGCAUUAUUUAUCGGUGUGAACGCCGUUUGUGUAUAUUUCAUAAUCAUUUUGAAUGUUGCGCUAAAGAAUGUUUUUGACGAGAAAUGGUGUCUGUCAUUGAAUAAGUUUUACAGUUAAAAUUGAGUGCAUAGUCUCAACGGAAAUCCACUCACAGUUGCUUGAGAAUAUUAAUAUCUAGUAGUUGAAAAGACGUGCAAGUUGUCGCUUGAUCAGAUUCAGCAUUAACCGUCAUAACAGUUGUAUUUUCCAAAUCGUUAUGUUUUUAGAGAGAUAAAAUGCCUAUUAAGAUUGCAUGGAAAUUCUAGGGGCCAUAAAUGCAAACCAGUUUGGUUCUUAAGUGUGAUAUCAAAUAACUGUCAAACUAUGGUUGGCCUCUUGAGAUAGUUUCAAUUUUCAAAUGACAUUUGAAGUCACAUUACUGAUUUUGACUGCUGAAUUAUUCAUGAACAAUCACUUAAGUGACAACUUAAGCUUGAUUAAAUACAACGGCCGUAUAACUUGAUCAAUGACAGAUCUCACACUAAAAUACCGAGGGAAGGUAUUCACAAUGUGUCCAGUGAAAUUGUAAUGUGGUAAGACUGAGCGCAUGUUUACCGAACGUCGUAUGUUUCUGUCUACCUAAUAAAUAGUGUCUAAGCUCAUAUAACAUAACAACGGUCGCUGCCUUUUAUUUAAUAUGUUGCGUGUUAAUUUAUUGUGCACACUGCACUAGAAUUAGUGUUUUCAUAUUUAAAAGUAUUCGGCUCAAAAUUUAUUGUUGUGGACGCCGAAGUGAUUUCUGUAUAGUAUUGAGGAAUAGUGUCUACGUCGAAUAUUAUUUGAAUGUGGGUAGUUUGAUUUAUAAGUUUUGUGGGCUAACGAUUAUAUACAUUUAAUGCAAUUAAAAUAUACAGAGUAGCGAUAAAUAUCACUAAUUUAUCGUUUAUUUAUAAUUUCGCUAAUCACGAUGAUUUCAAAAAAUAAUAAUAAUUAAUCGAUGAAAAAUUCACUGAUGUCCACAGCUUUAAAUAUAUUUGCAACUUGUGUUUGGUAAUGUUAUGAUUUCAGUGAAUAAUUCUAAUUAAAUUUUAUUGUAUAGAUACGUAGUUUAAAGAGUUUAUUCUAUUAGUGAAUGUUCCUGAUACGUUUAACGAUAGAUGAUCAAAAUAUAUUGAGAUAUUUUAAUAUUAUUUAUCUUUAUUUUAACGGACAGAGAGCAGCUUUUAGUUUUGGGCAAAAAGAUUAUUUAAAACGAUUGAGUGUAAAAAGGAAGGGAGGACAAUUUAACAUAAGAAUCCUUCGUAUUCACACCAAUAUUUGAAUAUUACUCCUUCCUAUUGUCUAUGCUUGUUUAUUGCAGUAUAACACACUAAAUUAAGUGCGAUAUUAGUGUGUGAAAAUUAAAAUAACAUUUUGAAAUUUUGCUCUUAGAGAUCAAUAUUUUGUAAUGUUUGUGUGACUGGAUAUCAUUAUUUAUGAAGCUUAUCAUUAUCAAAUCGGAAGAUCUUAUUUAGCUUAAUGUUAAAAUAUGCUUGAAUUGAAUUAAUACAUGAGCUUGUCUUAAGUAAUUGGUAACUAAGGAGUUUUGUAAUAUUAAUUAAACAUAGUAUAUAAAGGAAUAUAGAUUUUAUUGAUAAUGGUCCGCUCUCUGUUGUUUAUUAGCACAAGUGACUUUAAUAUCUCUUCACCGUUUGAAAUGAAUGCUCAUGAUUAUUUUCUCUUUUUAUUUUAGGUUAUACUCCACAUAUUUUAUAACUGCCGUCACACUUGAUGCCUAUCUUGUCGUUAAGUCGGUAUAAAUAAUUUGUUUACAAACAAAAAUUACUGAAGUAUGUGAGUGUACAAUAAUUUAAUGAAAUGUUGAAAUGAUUUAAACCUAGCCAGCAGUGAUGCAUGCGUCUAAGAAUCUUUGCUAAUGAAAUUAUAAAAUUUUCACAUUUGUCCACGUAGUGUUUGUGCCUUUCGGUAGCAAUAUUAGUGAAACUGGUAAUUGUUGGACCAAAUCCAACCGUAAUACAAAGAAAAAAUAUAUUUUACAACUAGAUCCCUCGAAUGAUAUUGUGCUAAGCUAAAUUCGCAUAUUCUCCCUAAGUUAUAUUUUUGAAAUCAUCUAGUCUUCUACAGAACGUAAUAGCGGUGCAAUUAAGUGUACUUCGAAUUAUCGUUACCGUCACAAUGUUAGCACUAAAUUAUACGAAAUAUUUACUAAAACUGCAGUCACUAAACAAUAUGUGCAAUAGUCCUAUAAUAUUGACUAUAACUGGGCAACGUAACAAUGAACACUUUGGCGGUCUAUCUACUUAGAUUAAAAAAAGAUACGUAUGUUGUAUGUUUAUAAUUAUUUUUAUAUGAGAAGUUCUUUAUUUAAGUUAUGGUUAAUUUUAGUGAUAAGAUCCAAGGCUGUAUUAAUAAAAGGAGUGUUUUUUCUCAAUAAAGCUAAGCUGAUUUGUCUAUUUCGUUUUUCAACCUGUUCAGUUGGGAAGUGUGAAAAAUACUCCUGUUGAUCGUAAUAGAUGAUGCGCGUAAAAAAGACAAAAAAAUAUAAUGCACACAUAAAUCGCGGCGCGUUCUCUGUUAUGAUCAGCUUAUAAUUUGUUAUGUGAAUGUGUGUAUGACUAAUUAUAAAAAUAAUCCUUUAUUUUGGUAACAAAUUGGUGUUAUGAAAAAUUUUGUGAAUAAAAUAUGGUGUCAUUCUGA